CUUGACGCCGUGUAAAUGGCAUCCUCGGUUGUGAGCGGGCGGCAGUUGGAGAAGUGGGAGAAGGAGCGGGAGGAUGCGAACCGCACCGAGAUCCCGAUGCCCAAAGCCGCACGCGACUCCUUCAACUCGAUGCAGCCCAACUUCAACGCGCUCGCAAAGUUCGAGAAGAAGCUCGACCGCUUCACGCAGCGGAUGGAGGACAAGGACAGCGGGGUCAAGACGGAGGCGAUCGUCAACGUGAUGAGCUCGACGGCCGGCGCCGGCUCGGGCGACUUCCACACCUACCGCGGCUUCCGCAAGAAGGAGAAUGCGCGGAUCGCAGACUUUGAGGCGGCGCGCAAGGAGGACGAGGCGCGGCGUGCGUGGGAGGCGGAGCAGGCGGAGCGGGAGGCGGAUGUACUGGCCAAGCGGUCGAAGAAGGCCGCCAAGCGCGCCCGUCAAAAGGAGAAGGAGCGCGAGCGGCAGCAGGCCGAAAAGCGCGCGCGUGGGGAGGCGUCGGCAGCGGCGGGCGGCGCAGCGGCGGGGGAGGAGGGCGCGGGCGGCGGCGGUGGCGAGGCACCGGCCGCCGCGGGCAGCAGUUGACCCCGCCCAACCCAACACAUAACUUUAUCGCCCGCUUGUGUCACUUUUUGGUAUGUGUCGUCCGGGAGACCUCUUAUCUCUGUCCCCUCUUGAGCCAGACCGGAGCUCUUGCAA